ACAAGGCCAUUAUGGACCGAACACAGCAAGUGCGUCAAGAGUUGGUGAACACCUCGAUUGCAGGUGUCGACAAGGGCCGCAAGGACUGGUCAAGGAAGCACAUUGCGACGUUCCAGGAUAUGCGGAUUCGCGAAGACUUCAAGACACGCACGAUGUACAGGAACAACAACCAGAAGCACUACAGGGAUCCUCUCUUGCAGUAGUCUGCUCUAUAGUGUAUUCGUAAACUCGAAUCUCGACUUUCCCCGCUGCCGGCUCAUCUGUAUACCCGGCAUCAAUCUUGCUGUAGAAGAUACUUUCUAUUCUAUAGACGACAUGUCCUUUCUGUCUCGAUUCUCAGAGAGCGCUCAUCAUGCCUGGCAAGAGGGCGACUACACCAUUCCCAUCAUCGCUGCAGGUGCCUCUCUCGCUGUAUUCUACAGUCUUGCGCGUAAAAAUGCAUCCUCGCAAGCCCUGUCGGCAGCAACGCAUCACUCUGCUGGAUUCACUGGAAGUAGCGGUAUUCCAGUGAUUCGAGCUCCUGAGUAUACCCUCGCGCAUGCAGAUUACCCGCAAUCUCUGUAUGAGGGCAGUCAACGCAUCACUACGCCUUAUGGUCGCGUUCAGGUCUUUGUGGAGGGCCCGAAAGAUGGUCCGAGAGUCAUGCUUGUUCAUGGCAUCACAACACCCUGUCCAGUCUUUCGGGGAGUCUUACGAACACUGGUGAAGCGUGGAUAUCGUGUUGCGACGUAUGAUCUAUGGGGUAGAGGAUAUACGGAUGUUCCUGUUGGCCUGCCCAUGGAUGCAGCCGCAUUCAGUUUCCAGCUGCUCAGUGUUCUUGCGCACCUCGGCUGGUCUGAUGCAGGGGUCGGAGGAGGGACUGGGUAUACGCUGGUCGGAUACUCCCUUGGCGGUGGCAUCGUUGCUGCUUUUGCAGCUUGUUACCCACAAGGCAUUCGUCAACUCGUCAUGAUUGCGCCAGCAGGUUUGUUGAGGGCUUCUGAGCAAUCACCUAUGCGGAAGCUAGUACAGUCUCAUUCGGUGCCAUUCUGGUUGGUUGAGGGACUUCAAUCGCUCGUUGUCCCCAAGAAGCUCGAAGAUGUCAAGCGUCGCGUCUCUGGCGAUGCCAUUGACACGACGGGUGUCCUUGACUGGCAGAAAGAAAACCACAAAGGCUUCGCACGCGCUUAUCUAUCGACAUUCCGGUCAGGUCCCAUUUUCGAUCAAUUGGAGGUCUUUGGCAAGCUGCAAGAGUUUGCCAUAGGUGGCAAGUUCAAGGUCAUGGCUAUCUGGGGCGCUGAGGAUGAUAUCGUUGAUGCACAAAAAGUGUCGAAGCGGUUAAUGGAGAUUGUACCUGCUGCUGAGUUGGUCUUUUUUGACGGCAUUGGCCAUGAUAUCUGCACAGCGGUCCCUGUUGAGGUGGCCGAGCGCAUUAUGCAAUUUGUAGAACAAUAGAUGUAGAAAGGAGAAUGGAUACAAGCCAAAGUA